AUGUCUGCAAACUUGGAGCCCAUGGUGUAUCAUCUCUAUUUUCCAAGGGAUGAAUCAGGUUGGACGUACAGCAACAUGAGGUAUAGGAUAACUCAUGUUGCUGUACGUGCAACCUGUACUCGCAACACUACUACAAUGUUGCAGUAUUGUACUUACCGUUUAGCUGGUCGGGAGUAUUUCAGCCCGAUUCAUAGAAAGAAAUUGUUUCAGCAGUACUGUGUUGAUUCUUAUGUUAAGGUUAAAGGUAAUAAUUUAAAUUACAUUCGACCAAAUCAAACCAACCUUUGUGUUGAUAGCUAUGAAGGUUUAGCUGACCAUUUAAGUGCACGAGCUGGAAAGCGAGGCCUUCAACCUGGUCGUAUUGUUGUUCUUCUUUCAAGUUUUCAAGGAAAUGCACGUGCCAUGGCUCAAAACUAUCAAGAUGCUAUAGCCGUUAUUUGCCAACGUGCACACGAUCGGCCUGAUUUAGUUUUUCGAGUUUUUAAAUUGAAACUAAAUAAACUCCUUAAAUAUGUUACUGAAAUGGGAGUUCUAGGUAAGACUAUAGCACAUGUGUAUGUAACAGAAUUUCAAAAGAGGGGUUUGCCUCAUCGUCAUUUGUUAACUCAUAUAUAUCCCAAUGACAAACUUAGGGAUGCAGAUGACAUAGACAGUAAAUAUGGUGUUUGCACGAAAAGUUGUCUAAAGAACUUUUUAGCAUCUACGGUAGCUGAGGUCAACGGAUAUCCAUUAUAUAGACGUCGUGAUAAUGGUGUACAUAUUAAUGUCAAUAAUGUUGAUGGAGAUAAUCGCUGGAUUGUUCCAUAUAAUCCAUGGCUUUCCAAGAAAUACAAUGCACGUAUAAACUUGGAGGCUUGCAUGUCUUUUAAAUCUGUAAAAUACCUCUAUAAAUAUAUUUAUAAAGUUCACGAUUAUGCCAAAAUUAAGAUCAAUGAACGUAUUGGUCAUGAUGAGGUGAAGACAUUUUUAGAUUCGCGGUAUGUCAGUGCACUAGAAGCUAUAUCGCGUCUUUUUGAAUUUAACAUGCACCAACAAUCUCAUUUUGUCCAUAGAUUGCCAGUGUACUUGCCAAAUAACCAAAUUGUUUAUCUUCAGCAAGGACAGGCUGAAGAGGCUCUGGACAGAGCUGCAGGUCAGGCUACAAAAUUAACAGAUUGGUUUGUGGUAAAAUCAGUGAAUUAUGAUGCUUGCCAAUAUAUAUAUCCAGAUAUUCCUCUUCAUUUUGUUUUUAUUAAGAACAAAGUUUGGAAACCAAGACAACGCGGUAAUGGUAAAGUUAACUCCGGAAUAUAUAGUGUGAUUCCUCGCGCAGGUGAGCUUUUUUAUUUACUUAUGUUGCUAUUGCAUACACCUGGUGCAACUUCUUUUGAAGAUUUACGAACUGUCAUUGGCAAUAUUUCUGAAACAUUUCGUGACGCCUGUUUACUGCGUGGUCUCCUGCAAGAUGAUACUGAAUGGAACAAUACUUUGCAGGAAGCUGUUAACUUUCAGAUGCCUCGACAAUUAAGGCAGCUGCUUGCGGUGAUAAUUAUUCACUGUGAACCUUCUGAUCCCAUUACUUUGUGGACAAGGUACAAGGAUGCAAUGUAUGAAGAUUAUAUUCACCAAAUAAAUGAGGAACAGGCUGAAUACAGGCUGUUUCAAAUUAUUAAUGCUUCUCAAUUAAGGACUCAACUUACUGACGAACAGACUGCACUGGCUAAUGCUGUCAUAGAAGCUGUUGUAAAUGUUGCUAACAAUGCAGCACAAAACAACCGUCCGUUUUAUUUAGAAGGCGCUGGUGGUAGUGGUAAAACCUUUAUUUAUAAUUACCUUAUUUCUGAACUUACAGGUAGAGGUUUCCAAGUUGGAACUGCUGCGUUUACUGGCAUAGUAGGAACACUUUUGAAAAAGGGUACCACCAUUCAUAGAAAAAUUGUUCUUUUAGGUGGUAAUUUUUCAAAGUUACUGCCUGUUGUCAGAAAAGGAAAAUCAACUGAAAUUGUAGACAUGUGUUUAAAAAUUUCUCCAUUAUGGCACUUGGUUAAAGAAUUUCGAUUACUUCGAAACAUGAGAACAAGGCCGGGAGAACAACAAUUUGCUGCAUGGCUUCUGCAACUUGGAAAAGGUGUUAUACCUGUUUAG